CCUUUUAAACAAUUAUUCAACGGCCGCUAAAAUGUUAUACACGUCUUUAAUCAUCAUAUUAAUCAUUUGUUUUAAAGAAAUAGUUACGUUACAAUUGAGUAUGAGCAAUACCACAACCACAAUAUCAAGCAACAACACAAUAUUGACAUGUUCGUAUAUAUUGGAAAAAGAUGAAAUAUUGACUGUUGGCAUAAAAGCAUAUAACAAAUCUUCAAACACAUUUGAACACAUAGCUGGAUAUAGGCCUCACCAGGCGGCAGAACUUCUGACAAAUGGAGCAUACUUGUAUGACAGAGUAGCAUUAAGCAAUAUAACGCAAACAUCAACACAGGCUCUUAUUGUGUUUCAUGAAGUCAAAUGUAUUGAUGAAACCCUGUAUAAAUGCAUCAUAACCUAUCUUGACAAAGACUUGAAACAACUAACAGCUGAGUCCCUAGAAGCAUAUAUUACAAUAACAGUUCCUGCAUAUGAUCCAGACAGCUUGUCUAUAACAGAUACGUUUACAUCACCAACAGAGGGCGAAAAUGUAACAUUUGUUUGCAAAGGUAACUUAGGAAAAAACCCUAGCAAAUUUAUUUGGCGGAAAAAACUUCGGGGAGAUAGUGUUACGGACACCUAUACAAAUGAAAAAACAAGUUAUACACAAUUAGAAGAAUCAUGUUCGUACGUAGGAAGGAGUUCCUUGACAAUAACACUAUAUGAUAUGGAUAACCAAGCUACAAUAGGUUGUGCCGAAGAAACGUUAAUGAACGAUGACGAAAUGUAUAAAUAUACACCACCCAUUGAUAUCUUUUUCAAAGUACGGAAUCCGAGCAUCAUGAAAUAUCUUAACCGCUCCACGUACUUAGAAGGAAUUGAAAUCAUCGACCUGACAUGUAUCAGCAACGGAAACCCUCCGCCAACAUAUUUAUGGUAUUUCAAAGGGACGUAUUUAGAUGCAGGAAGUGUUUUGAAAAUUAAGAACGGCAGAGAAAGUGACAGUGGAUUGUACACGUGUAAUGCAUCUAAUUCAUUCCAUGAAACAUUUUUUGAAGCUUCAAACUCAGUAGACAUUCUAAUUACAAAAACAGAACAUAGCAGUCCAUCAUCAACAAAUUAUUCGAGUAUAGAAGUUCCUACCAUCGUUGCUGUUUUAUGUGGGUUACUAGUUGUCAUAAUUAUCUUCCUUGUGACUUGGAUAUUUCACAAUCAUAAAUGUAGACACAAUAAGAAGAACAACAAUUCGACAGAAUUGAACAACCAGGAACUCAAUACUUACGAUACAAUUGAUGAUAUUUCCUCGUACGAGAAGACAGGACCACUUGACCAACGUCCGUACAAUGAAAUGGAUCAAAUUUCCAUAAGAGAAGAUUGUGAAGAUGAAAAUAGGCGCAAUAACAAGAACAAUGAUCCGGUUAAAUCAAACAAUCAGGAAAUCUAUUCUUACGAUACAAUUGAUGAUCAAACAUCGUACGAGAGGCCAGGACCGCUAAACCAGUGCCCAAACAAUGAAAUAUUUCAGAUUUCUAAAACAGAAGAUUUUGAAGAUGAAAACAGGAAAUACAUGACAGUAGUCUCAGAGAUCCAGGAAAAAGAGCAAGAAACUAUAAUACAAAUUCCUGAAGAUUUGACAGGUGUCAGACAUUCAUACACAAAUUUACAAGUAUGACCGUUUAUGUUAAAAAUUUCAUCUUUGAAAGCUACAAAUGGUUAUCAAAUCUAUUAGUCAUCAAAGACCAACCAUGAGCAUACGUAAUAGGCGUUAUAAAGAAAGACAUAACAUACUUUACACAAAACCUAGUGAAAGCAGGAAUCCAUAAGAAGUAUAUGAAAUGCAGUUGUAGGCGUAUAUUGGAAUCCGUCGUUUUGCUGAUUGCAAUUAAAUAUCAAUGUUA